AUGCCUCAGAACGAGUAUAUUGAGCAGCACAUCAAGCAGCACGGUCGUAGGCUCGACUACGAAGAGAGAAAGAGAAAGAGAGAGGCCCGUGAGGGCCACAGAGUCGCUCAGGAUGCUCAGAACCUCAAGGGUUGGAGAGCCAAGCAGUACAACAAGAAGAGAUAUGCUGAAAAGGUGGCUAUGAAGAAGAAGAUCAAGGCCCACCAGGAGUCCAAGGUGAAAGGUCCAUCUACGCCAAAGCAGGACGAUGGCGAGGCGCUUCCUACGUAUUUGUUGGACCGUCAGAACGACAACUCAGCCAAGGCUAUUUCUUCUUCUAUUAAGCAGAAGCGUUUGGAGAAGGCUGACAAGUACUCGGUGCCUCUACCUAAGGUGAAGGGUAUCUCUGAGGAGGAGAUGUUCAAGGUGAUCAAGACAGGUAAGCUGAAGCUGAAGCUGUGGAAGCGUAUGAUCACGAAACAUACCUUUGUUGGUGAAGGUUUCACUAGACGUCCGGUGAAGAUGGAGAGAAUCAUCAGACCAUCUGCCUUGAGACAGAAGAAGGCCAACGUGACGCAUCCUGAGCUUGGCGUUACCGUUUUCUUGCCUAUUUUGGGUGUCAAGAAGAACCCCCAGUCUCCUAUGUACACACAGUUGGGUGUCUUGACAAAGGGUACUAUCAUCGAAGUCAACGUGUCUGAAUUGGGUUUGGUUACUGCUGGAGGUAAGGUUGUCUGGGGUAAGUACGCCCAGGUAACGAACGAGCCUGAUAGAGACGGUUGCGUGAACGCCGUGUUGUUGGUGUAA